AUGAGUAACGGAGAUGGUGAAAAUCAGGCAGAUGGUGUUGCAGCGGCACCGCAGAGAGUGUAUGUCCCGACAAAUAUACCGUUUCCAGCGAAAUUGGACAUUCGAGGCAACUUGGCUACGAAUUGGCGCCAUUUUAAACGGGUAUGGGAGAACUAUGAAAUUGCAACCGGACUGAAAGAUAAGAAUAAUGAAUUGCGUGUAGCAACUUUAUUAACAUGCUUAGGUGCAGAAGCAUUAUCUGAUUACGAUGGCCUCAAGUUCAACAACGAUGAAGAUCGUAAAGAUAUCAUCAAAGUACUACAAGUACUAGAAGACUUCUGCAUAGAGCUAGUGAGAAGUUCACAACUUCAAGAGAUAGAGGAAGUGCAGUUUGUGAAGAAAACUAAACCAGUGUCAGACAAACAGAAGAAGGGUCCUAGAGACAAACAAGAAGUAAGCUGUGAGUACUGUGGUUUACGACACCGUAAGGAUAAAGCAGAUUGUCCGGCUUAUGGCAAAGAGUGUUCUUCAUGCGGACGCAAGAAUCACUUUGCUCGUGUGUGUAAACAAGGGAACACUAAGCAGCAGAAAAAGUUCCGACCUGGCAGAAGGCCACAUUCAAAGAAAUCGGUACAUGAUGUGAAUGACUAUUCAUCAUCCAGUGAAUGUGAAUAUGUUCUCACUGUCGAAGAAGUACACAAUGUCAACAAGAAAAAGAAGAUUACAGCUCAGAUGCUUAUCAAUGACCAAACCGUACAUUUUCAGUUGGAUUGUGGAUCUAGUGUGAAUAUUCUACCUGAGACAUUGUACAAGAAGCUGUGUAAUGACCACGAGAACCUGACAGAAACUAAUAUGACAUUAGUGAUGUACAACAAGAGUGAGACGAAGCCAUUGGGGAAAAGAAGGCUGACUGUUCGCAAUCCUAGAAACAGAAAAAAGUACAACGUUGAAUUUGUGAUAGUGUCAGGAACAGAACUUAACCCUAUUCUUGGAGUAUCGGCGAUACAAUCGAUGAAACUUAUCACUGUGAAUGAGCAGAACUUUGUUGCACAGAUUGGUGGAAAGUGUAGUGACACUACAGAGCCUCUUACCAAAGAACAUUUGAAACAACAGUAUCCAACAUUAUUUGAUGGACUUGGAAAACUUGAAGGAGAGUUACACCUCAGGAUUGACACUACUGUGCAGCCAACAAAGAUACCUACCAGGAAAGUGCCACUAUCGCUCAAGUCGGAUCUAAAGAAAGAACUUGAUCGGCUACAGAAUCUAGGAGUUAUCUCUCCAGUAACAACUCCAACUGACUGGAUAUCAUCCAUGGUUGUAGUGAGGAAGUCAAAUGGGGCAAUUAGACUUUGUAUUGAUCCGAAACCCCUAAAUGUAGCACUUCAGAGGAAUCAUUACCCCACUCCAACCAUAGAAGACAUCCUACCAGAUUUGACAAAGGCCAGGAUUUUCUCAGUGGUGGACGCGAAGGACGGAUUUUGGCAUGUCCUGCUCGACAAAACCAGUAGUUUCCUAACAACAUUUGGAACACCCUGGGGACGUUACCGUUGGUUGAGGAUGCCUUUUGGCAUAGCACCAGCACCUGAAGAAUUUCAGAGGAGGAUGGAUGAAGCUCUUGAGGGUUUGAAUGGAACCAAAGCAAUUCACGAUGACAUACUUGUCUACGGUUGCGGAAACACAGAUGAAGAGGCGAUUAGAGACCAUAAUCGAAAGCUUAUUGAGUUGAUGGACCGAUGUAAGCAGAAGAACAUUAAACUGAACCUUGACAAACUGAAAUUAGGACUUACAUCAGUGUCUUACCUUGGGCAUGUUAUUUCAAAGCAGGGACUGAGUGCUGAUCCAAGUAAAGUACAAGCAAUAAGAGAGAUGCCUACUCCUACAGACAGACAAGCAGUACAGCGUUUGUUAGGAAUGGUCAAUUUUGUGCAGAGAUUUGUACCCAAUCUUUCAGAAGUUACUUCUACGCUUUGGGACUUGUUGAAAAGUGACACUUAUUUUCAUUGGGAUGAGCAAGUCCAUGGAAAUGCCUUCAGCACUAUUAAGAAGAUUUUGUCAGAAGCACCGGUCUUGAGUUUCUUUGAUCCAAAUAAAGAGACAAUACUACAGUGUGAUGCAUCGCAGAAUGGAUUAGGGGCUUGUUUGAUGCAGGAUGGACAUCUGGUUGUGUAUGCUUCGAGAGCAUUGACCCAGACAGAGUGCAAUUAUGCGCAAAUUGAGAAAGAAUUGCUGGCCGUAGUUUUUGGACUCGAGCGUUUUGAGAAUUACACGUAUGGUCGUCACGUCAAGAUAGAGUCAGAUCAUAAGCCGCUUGAAAUCAUCCAAAGGAAGAGUCUUGUGAUGGCACCUAGGAGACUUCAGAGGAUGCUAUUGCGACUCCAGAAGUUUGAUUACGAGAUAGUCUAUAAGAAAGGUGCAGAGAUGUAUGUAGCCGAUACGCUAAGCAGAGCUUAUCUACCAGCAUCAGAAGAGGAUAUGGAGAAAGCAAGCAUAUUCGAUAUUGAUCAGAGGAGCUACAUAUCAAUAUCCGAAGCAAAGAUUAUGAAAAUAAAAGAAGCGUCUGAGGAGGAUGAAACAAUGAAGUUGUUGAAACAUGUCAUCAAGUCGGGAUGGCCAGACUGCAAGGAUGAACUUCCAGAUAAAGUUCAGUGUUACUUCCCAUUCAGAGAUGAACUUGUCAUCCAGGACGGCCUAGUAUUCAAAGGGGAGAGAGUUGUGAUUCCUGAUAGAGUUCGCAGAGACAUUAUUGAGAGGGUUCACGAAACACAUAUUGGAAUACAAGGAUGCCUAAGAAGGGCACGAGAGACAGUGUAUUGGCCCAAUAUGAACAAUGACAUUGAGAAUUAUAUACAGUGUUGUGAAAUUUGUAGUUCAUGUCAGCCUGACCAGCCAAAGGAACCAAUGAUUUCACAUGAUAUCCCAAAGAGAGCCUGGGAAAAAGUUGGUUGUGACUUAUUUGAGUUUGACGGAAAUGACUACCUUAUAUGUGCAGACUAUUUCUCAGAUUUCUUCGAAAUAGACAGAUUACAUGGAAAGACUGGCAAGGAAGUCAUUACAAAGAUGAAAGCUCAGAUAGCGCGUCAUGGCAUUCCGGAUGUUAUUAUAUCUGAUAAUGGGCCACCAUUCAACAGUAGAGAAUUUCAGGAUUUUGCUGAAAAGUACGAGUUCGAGCACAGGACUUCAUCUCCUCGUUACCCUCAGUCAAAUGGAAAAGCAGAAAACGCAGUCAAGAUUGCUAAGGCCCUAAUGCGCAAAUGUGUCCUUGACCAGAAAGAUCCUUUCUUAGCACUUUUGGACUGGAGAAAUACACCAAGUGAGACCAUUGGAUUUUCAGCUGCAGAAAGACUGUUUGGCAGGAGAACCAGGACUAGACUCACACUUUCCUCAAAGCAGUUGAAAACUCAUAAUUCCAGUGGGAUCUCCAGGAAGCUGUACAAGAGGAAAGGAAAAGAAGCUAGCUACUAUAACCGCGGCACAAAGGAAAUGCAAGACAUGGACAGAGUGGAAACCCCAGUUCAGAGUACAUUACAAGCACAGAACACACCGAUAGUUGACAAGAGUACCACACCAGCCAAAACAUGUCCUUUACCAAAUCCAACAUCUGAAGUAUCGGGCAAACGUCAUACAAGGAGUGGCCGCGAAAUCAAACCUCCACAGAAGUAUCAGGAUUUCGUGUGUAAUGUUGAGUGUUUUGUGUAG